AUGCGAGCUGUUAUCCAAAGAGUUACCAAAGCCAGUGUUACAGUGGAUAACAAAGUGAUCAGUUCCAUUCAAAAAGGUCUUUGCGUCCUUCUUGGAAUUGGAACAGAUGAUACAGAAAAGGACAUUGACUAUAUGGUGAAUAAAAUACUCAAUAUACGAGUAUUUAAUGAGAAUGAUAUUAUGUGGAAAAAGGGUGUUAAAGACGCUGGCUUAGAGUUAUUAUGUGUCUCUCAAUUUACACUCCAGGCUCAAACCAUAAAGGGAAAUAAACCUGAUUUUCAUAGAGCUAUGAAAUCUGAAAGCGCAAAGGAAAUGUAUGCAUUAUUCCUUGAAAAAUUAGGAAAGGCUUAUGAUCCAUCAAAAAUUAAAGAUGGUGAAUUUGGAGCCAUGAUGCUUGUUGAUAUUUCAAAUGAUGGACCUGUUACUCUAGAAUUAGACUCUAGAAAAUUUACUUAUGACUCAUAA